CUAUGGGAUUGGGAAAAUUCGAUUUGUUUUGUUAGUGUAUUUUCUAUUUAUUUACUGGUUAAAAUGAAUUCCUAUAUUCUAACCUUUGUAACUACAUAAAAUAACAAACCCAAGUGUUAAGUCAUACAUAAUAAUAUGUGCUCAGUUUUAUCAAAGCGAAGAAUGCUGCAUAAAAUAAUGAAGUUUUCGUUUCAACACCGGGCUUUUUAUUGCUACUUGGCUAUGAGUGUGUGGAUAUUCUUCUUAGUAACAGCAAUGUAUAAGUACAUAUCAGUAGGGGAAGACACAACUGCAGCUAAGAAGCCCAUUGCUAAUGAAUAUGUUGCCAAAACUGACAAGAAGUUCAGGAGAAUCUUCCUCAAGGCCUGCAAUCCACCUGAAAACAUAGUCAGGGGAUCUGAAGGAGCUGUAGACUAUGACUCAUGGCUACUGCAAGGCGUCAUCGUGCUGACCCGCCAUGGGGACCGCGGGCCACUCACACAUCUGCGCGGAGGAGACAAGAUCCCCUGUGACACUAUGCCCGAUUCGCCUUUAUUGAAAAGCUACGUGUCAGCGGUAGUCAACGCCUCCGGCGCCACAGGCCGGGGGCCGUGGGCGGCGUCGCCCGGCCCCUUCCACAACUUCCCCUCGCUGCCCGCUAGCGCCGCCGUCGCCACGCACUGCGCGCUCGGACAGUUGACGAAUAUCGGGGUGCUGCAGAUGAUCACUGUUGGGACUAUACUUCGAGAAGCAUAUGCGGAAAAGCUGGGAUUGGACAAUAUAGAUGGGCCCGGGAAAAAGGACUCAGGUGAAUUCAUAUCAUACAGCAGCCGCUACCGGCGCACGUACCAGUCGCUACUGGCCGCGCUGUGGGGCGCCUCGCCGCGCGGCAUGCCGCAGCGCGCCGCGCGAGCCAGCGAGAGCCACACCGCGGCAUAUUGCUUCCAACAUUGUGCUUGCCCGACGCAUCGGACGUUGCAUAAAAAGCUGAACUCGCAAGCUAAAAGCCGGCUCGACUCGCACGCCACCGUCAAGGAACUCGUCAAGAAAAUCACCAACGUCAUAUUCGAAUCUCAGGAGAACCCGGAUCCGGAAAUAGUGAGAGACGCCCUCCUCGCUUACAUGUGUCACGAGGCACCCCUACCCUGCUCCCUGCGGCCACGGACCAAUGAAAAACAAAUACAGAGAAACAAAAGAUCAGCACAUAAUUCCCUACUCACGAGAACACUCCUAGACACGGACUUUGACAGCCUAAAUAUGGAGCUAGAGUACAUCAACAAUCACCAGCUAGACUUCAACAAUGAGAUUGGUAGAAAAGCCAGAGAUAUAAUUGGUAAAUACGACGAUAUACGCGAGAAACAAAAGCAGCCGCUAGAUUUUGACGCGCAAAUGGAAAGGGAGAAGUUUCUCUAUUAUCAACAGAGAUACAUGGACAAUCAAGAUGGGUAUGAAGAUGUAGAAGUGGUGAAGAAGAAUCUAGAUGCUGACUUUAACUUCCCGAACGACGCUCGAAUGGACGCAGAUUUUGACGAAGAGAAUUAUAAAGAACCCACACAAGACAGUCCAGACGACUUUUGUAUUAAGAACGAACAUAUCAUAUCGUUAUUCGCAUAUCUAGAGUGGAGCUACAAGCAAGAUAUUAGAAACAUACAGAACAGGAAGCGAGGCUUACUGUAUUCGUACGGUUUGAUACACAAUAUAGUGCAAAAUAUGAUAAGAAUGAUCUCAGAAAACAAGCCAAAGUUCGUUUUGUACUCAGGUCACGACACUACAUUACAACCGUUAAUUUUAGCUUUAGGCUUAACGGACUACCAACAUUACAACAUAAAAUACGCUUCUAGAAUGAUCUUCGAAGUGUAUAGAAAAAAGGAUUUGAGAGAUGAGUUUAAGUUUACGAAGCGGAAAGCGGUCGCUCAAGACUUCUAUUUCCGAGUGGUUUACAACGGUAUGGACGUGACCAACAGACUGAGCAUAUGUCGAGGUAGGAGCAGUAUAGUUAUGAAGGUUUCAGACCCCACUGAUAAUAUACGAGUGUAUAAUACAUACCUUUGCCCCAUAGAGAAUAUAGUCAGAUUUAUACACGACGAUUAUUUCUCAGUGUUCAAUGCUAGUAAUUACAAAGACGCGUGCGCUAGUUAUGGUCACGGUAAGAGAACAUUUACGUAGAAUUAUUAGAGUUAUGUUAAGUUUAUUUACAGUCUUACCAUAUACCCAUCUAGUCUCAUAGAUUCGUCCAGAUAUAGUUGUAGCUUUUGCAAUAAUGAAUUUGAAUAAAAUAUUAACUUAUGUAAAGAAGAUUUUGUUUUUAC